AUGGGCCCCAAGUUAUGUCAGCCACUCGACAAGCGAGACUUCAAACCCGGCCGCUUGUACGUUUUCCGCCGUGCCUCAUCCCCGGGCUACGUCAAGAUCGGAUGGACCAUGAACCCAAUCCAGCAACGCCUCAACGAUUGGCGCAGGAAGUGCGGCUACCGCCCGAUCCUCGUGCACAGUACAGACGUCUUCAAAUACACCCAGCGCGCAAAGACGCUCGCGCAAGAGGAGCUGGCGUGGGAGCGCCGCAAGGAGCCCCAGUGCGCGGGCUGUGGCAAAGGGCAUACCGAGUGGUUCAGGGUUAGCGAGGAGAGGGCAAAAGAGGUCGUCGACAGCUGGGCGUCGCUCAUGACGUAUGAGGACUUGUAUGAUAAGCAUGGAUGCAUUAAGUUUAGCUGGAUGCUCGCUGCUUUGACGCUGGGUCAGGCGAACAGUGAUGUCCGGAUCACUGCUGAGAGGCUGCUCUACAGCCAUAAGGCAUUGGAGAUGCAGCUGAGACAUGGUUUCGUGCAAGGGGUAUACUAUCUUGACAGCGAAAAGUCCCCGAAGGCUGAGGAGGACUGUGCGGAGCCUUGCGAUGGCGCCAACCAGUAUCGCAAACCCUCCAUCUGGAGCUGGCUCUCCCGCAUUCUCUAUGGGCCUCGAUAA